CUCAUGGCCCUGUUGUUUGUUGGUCCGUCGUGAUCGCGAGGAGAAAGAGGGAGAAAGAGAGAGAGAGAGCGAGAGAGGGAAAGGUCCGAGUGACUGUGCUUGGUGUUUUGGUGGAAAAAUAACGAAGUGGUGAUCGGUGCUCGGUUGUUCUUCGACGCAAUUCAGUGCUAUACGUGUGGUUUUUCUUUUUUGGGGGAGAGGCACGCUCGCCGGAGGAUCGGGAUCGAGGAAAAGAAAAGGAGGGAGAUAGAGGGAGAAGACUAGAAGGAACGAAAAAGAGAAGAAAUAGACGGAUAGGAGAAGGAGGUGGAGAAAGGGUGAUUGGAAGACCCGGCUGGCGAUCCGAAUUCGCGGAUUCGACACGCCGCGGUUGCCGAUCCAUAAUAUGGCGUACAAGUUUCGCGAAGAGAUCGUGGGAAAGAGGUUUCUCUCGGUGAGUGGUUUCACCAAGCUAAAGGUGAAUAAAAUCAGUGAGUGGGGGUGGCGUGCAGGGGUGAUUCGUGCUGCCAGUCACAGGGAUAACAGCUGUCACGAUCUUCAGAUCCUCGUCGAGUACGACGACGUAGAGUGGCAAAGGAGAGAAUGGUUGUCGCCGUACAGGGACGCGGUGUUCUCCUUCUUCCUGGUGGAAAAGGGUCUGUAUUGGGCCGAGCGACCUGACCCCAGGCAUGCCAGUCUCAUCGCCAUAGAUCACCACAAUCACGCGAAUAACAAUCACCAUCACCAUCAUCACCAUCAUCAUCAUCGUAUCAACGGGAAACCCCUGAGGGGUGCCACCGCAGUCGCAAACACCGUCGCCUGGCCUGCUCUCACAUUUUAUCCGCUGGUGGCGCGUGCAGAAUUGCCAGAAGACGCGAUGCCUCUCGAAUUCAUGCAAGAUAGAAGGUUGGACUUUGUCGAUUAUUCGAGACUGAAGCCGUUCACCCAGGAAUGGGAGCUGACGAAGGGCUCGGUGCCUUGGGCGAGCGCGGUCAGACGAUGGGCAGAGAUGCAGGAUGGACAGAGGAUCCUGCUGACCACGCCGAGCGUCCUGGUGGGCUUCAGGGUCGAGGUUUAUCGCGCCGAAGGCACCACGCAAUGGUACACUGCCGUCAUCGUCGGCUACAACGAGUCCACCAAGGACCUGACUGUCACCGACGACACAGUUCUCGAGGAUCACAACGAGGACCCCAGUUUAGUACAAAUGCGGCUGAUUGGCGACGGAGUCGUGGAGAGCAUCAUGAGAGGCGAGGUCGUCGGCAUGACACCGAGGAGGUCGAGGUCAUCGACUGCUCUGACGCACGCGCUUGUUGUGCCGCGACCUGGAAGGAGGCCCCGAGGACGUCCUGGAAACGCCGCGCAGUUACCGACUACGCCCAGGAUACAGAGUCCCAUUUCGCAGCAGCUCGAAAAAGAGAAGAACACCGCGCGCAACAGUCGACGGAGUCGCGUUAGCGAGGGCGGUAAUCGCGAGAAGUUAGAGAAAGACGGCGAGAGAAAUUUGUCGACGCGGCAAGAGGAUCGGGAGAACAAGGGUCCACCUUUGGGCAGGCCGAACAAUCGCAUACCGCGAAGCGUGUUGGAGGAGGCGAACAGCGGUUCGAGCAGCGCGUCGAAGCUGCGGAAACGGGGCACGGCCGUAAAGAGUCCGGUCGAGAGUCAGUCGCAGAGGCCGGUGCGACGGAGGCCCAGGCCAACCGGUCCGGAAACGAAAACAGAGUCGGAGGAUCUCGAACGGUCGUCGAGCGAGGCGAAGUCACCGGAGAAGGAGGAUCGUCUGAGCGGCAGAUCCGAGGAGGAGGAACGGGACGAGGACGAGACUCGGGAGGAUCGUUGCGACCCUCUGAUCAAGAGGCUGAGGACGAGUCCGGUCGAUAGAAGGCUCGAGUCGAGAGAAAAGGGGAAACGCGGCGAGAAGAGCGCGGAUCCGGAGGAAACGGAAGAGGAAGGCGGAAAGGUAGAGAACGCGGAAGAAGGGAAGGUCGAGAAGCUCGAGGAGAACGAGGAGAGUCAAUCGAGAGAACGGGACAGAGAACCGGAACCUCCGCCUCCGAACAAAGUAGACCCCGGAGGCAACGCGGUUCCCGAGCGGCGGCAAGCGGAGGAGCAGGAUAGUCGAGGAACCGGCGAGGAACAGGUGUUCGCGAAUGGAUCGCUGGUCGAGACAUCCUCGGCGGUCGGCGACGAAGCGAGCGCAGCGGAGCAGCAACGGGAGCAGGAACGAAAUCGGCACAACGAGAGCCCCGUCAUCCUAGCCGAGAGACUAAACAAGCCGCCUCCGCCGGUCGCUGGUCACCAUCAUCAACACCUUCAGCAGUACCAUCAGCAUCACCAUCAACAGCUGCCGCCGCACCAUCAUCAGCAACAACGCUACUCGACCGACAGCCCGGUGAUACACCAUCAUUCCCAGCCUCAGCAUCAGUCUCAUCAGCAGCACCAACAGCACCAACAUCAGCAGCAUCAGCAGCAUCAACUCCAACAGCAUCAUCAGCAGCAGCAGCAACAGCAGCAGCUCCACCAGCAACAUCGGAUAGCUAGCAGCCCGCACCAGCAACACCAGGCGCAGCACCACCAUCAGCUGGCCUCAUCGAGCCUCCUCGAGGUGCAACAGCAGUCUCACUCAGCGAGGGGCGGCGAUGAGGCCGCCGCGGCAGCCGCUGCAGCCACCGCGCCACCGGUCGGAUACCAGAGUCCUGCACCACCUGGACACCAUCAUCCCGCCGUCGCCUCCGAGAUGCUCUGGAGGUCGCCCAGGUACCCGCCGCUGCCCCAUUCGUUGCUCGCGCCCGCCCAGCCCAGUCCCGAGGAGGUGGUCGAGAGGGAGAGGAUGAUUCGAGAGCGGAGAGAAGCGGAAGCCCGGCUGGAGAAGCGUGAACGCGAGGCCAACAUGGAAAGGGAGAGGCUCGAGAAGCAAAGGGCCGAACAGGCGGUUCACAAGCAUUUCGAGGAGUCCUUCAGGCUGGCACAACAAAAGGUGCCUUAUGCUCCACAGAAGAACAUGCAGUCGACCUCGAUGGCGUGGAACACGUUCAUCCCGUUGCCACCGCCUGCAAGUAGGCCUCACGGCGCACCGCAUUCCGGCAUGACCGCGCACGUGGGUCACCAUCAUCCGGGGCCGGGCGCGACGAGCGCGCAUCCGGUGACGGUCGCGCAGCAACAGCAACGGGAACGAGAGGAACGGGAACGGGAGCGAGAACGGGAGCGGGAACGGGAACGCGAAGCGAGAGAACGAGACGCCAGGGAGCAGAGGCAACGAGAAACGGAGAACAUGGGAAUGAGGGAACAUCACCUGGCGGCGGCCGAGAGACUGCACAGGCAGGCGGAAGCCAGGGACCACAUCGCGGCUCAACAGAGGGCCGCUUAUUACGCGGCCACCGCUCCACCGACUCAACAGGUGUCUCGACCGUCGAGCGUGCCCGGUAAGGUCGACUAUCCGCCUCCGCCGGCGCACUCGAGAACGUCCAAGUCGUCGCUGCCGGUCGGUGGCCUCCACGAGAAACCGUCGUCGGUGGUGGGUCCGUCGCACAGUUCGCUGCCGAAGGUCGAGCCGAACGUGGGUCUGUUCAGUUACUCGACGUACCAACCGCAGACCUCGUACUCGAUGCACGACAUGAAGGUGAAGAGCGACGUGGGACAACCGCACAAGUCUAUGACGAGUAAAAGCGGCCUAGCCAGCGGUCUCGAGAGGGACCAUCACGGCAGGGAAGUGCUACAGAAUCCUCCGACGUUGCUGUCGGAUCACAAGAGCUCGGUGAUAGUGAAGAACGAGGGUCGGGAACUUCCGAAGGUACCGACGUCGCAACAGCACUCGCCGAGCCCGAAAAUCAUGCCUUAUUUGAACGUGCAGUCGGUACCGCCGCAACACAAACCGUACGAGUACAGGAGCCCCACGCAAAGUCCUCACCACCUUCACCACCUGGACGGUUUACAGGCGGCGAAGAGCAUACCUCAGGGUCACCACAGAAGCGGUAGCGGGUCCACCGCGACCGCGCAGUUACCCAGCCCUCACGGGCAUCCACCGCAUUCGCACAAUCGACAGUCGCCGCACGCUCAGCAUCCUCAUCAGCCACCGCAUCCGUCGCCGCCCGAGCCGCGUUAUCUCACCAGGCCGGAACCUGGCCUACCUUACGCUACUGCCAAGUCCUCGUAUCCGUACCCGCAUCCGCAUCCGCCCACGGCCUCGCCGACCUCGCAUCGCCACACCAGCCCUCAUCAGCAACCUCCCGGGCAGACGGUGCAACACGCGCAACCUCAGAUGCAGAACACCACCUUCCAGACGCAACCGUUGAAUCUCGGCGUGGAGAGAUCCGGCUCGCCGAAGAGGAAAGCGCCAACUCCCUCGAUGACCGAGAACCCCGGCCAACCGGUGUCCCUGGAGGUCUGCAAGAAACGCAGGACCGAGGAACCGCCGCAACCGCUGUCCCUGCAAUGCGUCGGUCCACCGGUUCUUUCUCGAGUGAGCGAGCCGAGUCCGCUGAUCGCGUCGGCCGCCACCUCGAUCACCACCGUGGUCAACACCGCGGCGUUGCUCGCGCAACCCAACAGUCAAUCGCAACAGGAACGCACUGCAACCGCGGUCAGUCCUGCGCCCAGAACCGCCAGCGGGGACGGUUCCGUGCGACCGGCGAGCGCGGGUAGCGCCAGUUCCUUGAACCCGACGACGGUUAGCGCCGCGCCCAGCCCGGCACCCGUACCUAGUCCGGCGCCCUCCACGGCGCCGAGUCCAGCGCCCAGCGCACCGGGCACCCCGGCCAAGCCCAAUCCUACGAUCGACAGCGAGAAGUCCAACAGUCCGGCACCGAGACCACCGAGCAGCACCAGCUACCCGGUUCACAAGCUGAAGAAGGCUUGGCUGCAGAGGCAUUCCGGCGAAGACGGCACGGAGGACACCACCGGCGUCGUGGGCAGCGGAUCUUGCGUCACAUUGCCCCUCAAUAUCUCACAAGCGCCCUCUCAACCGUUGAACAGCAAGGAACGCGACGCCUCGUCCAACGUGACCAGUAACGCGACCACCACUUGUUUACCCAGCGCCGUCAACUCGAUUCACAAUAUCGGUAGCAUGGCGGUGAACAGCAUCAACAAGAGCAAGGUGACCGCCAAGAGCGGUCGCAAAACGACCAACAAAGAGUCCCUCAACGGACACGCCACGGACACAAAAAAUUUACAAGAAGACUCGUCCAGCAGCGACCCGGAGAGAAAGUCGCCGCCCAAAAGAAAACCACCCAAGGUAAAACGAAAGAAAGGCGCCGCACGAAGGCAGCAAACGACCGCGGAAGAUCAGCGGAGGCGAAAGGAAGAUAAGCAAACCGGAGGAGGUGGAGGAGGAGGAGGCGGAGGUGGCGGGGGUGGAGGCGGAGGAGCAGAAAGAGGAGGUGGAGGAGCAGCGGCAGGAGGAGCUGGUGCAGGCAGCGAGUCUAGUAACGAAAGCGAGGCUGGUUCCGCUAGCGAUACUAGCGAACAGUUGGGUUCCAUUCAACCGGCGUCGAGGGUUCGCCAUACCACGGCCAAUUCCAACAAUUCCUCGGGAAACGGAAAUAACAAGGAACCCAGGAAGCGAGGCAGAAGACCAAAGACUACGAAGGGUGGCAACGAAUUGGGCGGAGAAGAUCAACAGCCCCGCCAAAAGAAAGAACGCAGAGACGACAGUGCGAGCGGCGGUAACAACGGGCCAGGUGGAAGCGGCGGAAGGGGUGACCCCUUUCGUCGACCUUCGAUAUCGCAGCUGAAGAAAACCGGCGAUAGCUGGUUACAAGACGGAGCUUGUUUCGAGGUCGCCCCGAAAUUGGCGAAAUGUCGUGAGUGCAGAUGGACACCGCACCAACGCUCCAAAAAUCUUCCACAAAACAUUUUCUGCAGAUUCUAUGCAUUCCGUAGAUUACGGUACACAAAAAACGGACAGUUGGCUAUAGCCGGAUUCAGCGACCCGCACAAAGACGCGUCCGAGGUAGAUCUUCGCUUGUGGUUGCCUGGAAAAGACAUUUCUGACCCGAAGAAGGACGAGAAAUCCGAUAAAAGCGAUAAAGAGAAAGGAGACAAAGAAGAUUUAGAUCUGGAAAUGGCACAUAGAUUGCUUUGUCAAGUUGGCGAUCAGCUUUGUGAUCUGUUGCAUCAGGAAAAGGAUGCUCUCCAGCAACACAUGGCAGAAGCAAGUUCGGGACUUGUAGACGGAACUGUGGCGUGGAAGAGAGUGGUCCAGGGCGUUCGAGAGAUGUGCGACGUCUGCGAGACGACCCUAUUCAAUUACCACUGGGCUUGCGGUAAAUGCGGUUUCGUUGUUUGCAUCGAUUGUUACAAGGGACGCAAGAAUGGAACGAUCAAGAUUUGGGGAGAAAGCGGAAAGGACAGAGACGACUUUUCCUGGCUGUUGUGCACGAACAGACAAGUACACGAACCGGAGCGACUCAUGUUAACGCAAAUUAUCGCCGGCGAUAGCUUGAUACACCUUGGACAACGAUUGCACGAGUGCAGGGCAGAAUGGGGGAUACCUCAGCACUGCGGAUGUUCGCUGGUCGUACAAACUGCUGCCAACGACUACCUUCGAAACCUGAUAAAGGGCGAUUCGGUACCGGUUCUGAACGGUAACGUCAAGCAAGAGGUGAAGGAGGAGAAGAAGGUGAACGAGUCGAACGGAUCGUCAGAGAGCAAGACGAACGGAGAAGACAAGAAUUCUCCGUUGAAUUGGUUGGCAGAUGUGGCGUUACAGAAUCAGGAUAAAAACGAGAGCGCCUCUAGUUCGGACUCCGACGAGGAUCGCGACGGUAAUUACUCCACGUUGAGAGAACUGCUUAUCCGGCCGUCUCACAAGUCGAACGGCAGCGGGUCUAGAUCGAACUCGCCGACGAACAACAGCAGCAACGCGAACGUCACUGCAGGAAACAACGCGCAGAACAACGUGUCGAAGUCCGGAAAGAAGUCGAAGAUGGAUACGUUGGACGAGGUGAUAUCCAGCGUGAUCGAGCACAGCGUGAAGAAGGAGAGGGAAGCUGGACUGGACGACGAGAAGCCGAGGGAAUUAAAGCAUUUUGUCAGAAGAUACAAAUGGACACAGAAAGGAAGGGAACCACUGCCCAUUCGAAUCAUGACGUUGACUGAAAGCAAGAGUCUGUACCCUGACGUGCCGCACUCUUGGCUCUGCGACGGGAAAUUGCUCAGGUUAAACGAUCCCAACAACCCUAACAACUAUAGAAUAUUUCAAGAUCAGUGGAAACGCGGACAACCGGUCAUCGUGUCCGACGUUGCGAAAUCUUUAGACAUGAACCUCUGGCAUCCAGACUCCUUCGCCAGGGACUUUGGUGAUGAAAAGAACGAUCUGAUCAAUUGCAUGACCGGGAAUCUGGUGCCGAAUCAACCGAUGCGCAAGUUCUGGGAAGGAUUCGAACACUUCUCGAAACGUUUGAAGGACGAGCGCGGAAAUCCUAUGCUGCUGAAGCUCAAGGAUUGGCCGCCUGGCGAAGAUUUCGCGGAGCUGUUGCCAUCGAGAUUCGCCGAUCUGAUGAAAGUUUUGCCGUUAUCGGAGUACACGCAUAGAAACGGACGAUUAAAUUUGGCCAGUCGUUUACCGGACUGCUUCGUCCGACCAGACUUGGGACCUAAGAUGUACAACGCUUACGGUUCGGCUCUGCAUCCCAACAAGGGCACGACCAACCUUCAUCUGGAUAUAUCCGACGCAGUGAACGUCAUGGUUUACGUGGGCAUCCCUAAGGACGCCGACAACGACGAACACGUCAAAGAAGCACUGAGGGCGAUAGACGAAGCCGGCUGUGAUAUCUUGACUCGGCGACGCGUUCGCGAACGCGGAGAAGCACCUGGUGCGUUGUGGCACAUUUACGCGGCUAGAGAUGCCGACAAAAUUCGCGACCUGUUAAACGCUGUCGCGCUGGAACGUGGAGCUCGUUUGGAACCGCAUCACGACCCGAUUCACGAUCAGAGCUGCUAUCUCGAUGGACCUCUGCGGGAACGAUUGUAUCGCGAAUACGGCGUCGAAGGAUACGCCAUCGUACAGUGUCUGGGAGACGCUGUAUUCGUGCCAGCCGGUGCUCCGCAUCAGGUUCGAAAUCUUCACAACUGUAUCAAAGUAGCCGAGGAUUUUGUAUCUCCGGAGAACGUAUCCCACUGCUUCCAUCUGACCCAAGAAUUCCGAGCGUUAUCGGACACGCACACCAAUCACGAGGACAAAUUACAAAUCAAGAACAUAAUUUAUCACGCUGUAAAGGAUUCCUUGACGGUUCUGUCAAACAUCAAGGACGAGACUCUUGCCAAACUGAAGACCAAUAACGAGAUAAAGAAGGAAGAGACGUAGCCCUAGGCCCCCUGUCGCGGUCGCAAGAACCGUUGAUGAUCAUUGUUCGAUUAAAAAUCUCGCCGUCUACAGGCGAGUGAAAAACCUGUUGCCGCCCUUCGUUCGCUCUCCCGAAUGAUGAACCGGCUAAUCGGACCGGGACGAAUGGAGGAUUUUAAUCUAGGAUGCUCGGAAACCUGUACCGAGGUGCAAGAAUUUGUUGUGAUAUUUGACGAGUAACUCAAAAGUUUGAUUUUUCGGUAUUGGCUGAGCCAAUGGAGAUUAUUCGUUGUUUCAUUUGAAUAUUUCCUUUUUUUGUUCGAUAUAUACAUAUUGUUUCCUUUAUCGAGCAACGUGCUGCUGGCGGACAUGAAGUCCGCGAGUCUUUUUUUUCUACUUUUUUUUUUCUCUUCGAUCGAGAAAUACGAUGGAGUCGUCGGUGCCAUCGCGAACGCACCACGUCCAUUACCAUUGUGAUACCAGAAGGGAGGACUUUGGAUCAUACGUUAUCUGUAAUUACUUAUAUCGUGCCUGUAUUCAGUACAUACUGUCUAUAUUAUAUAAAUGUAGAUAAUGGA